AUGCCUCGUGCUCCGAUGCCCACACCAAGCCCACCGCCGCUGCCGCCCUCGCCGUUUCGCUCGCCGUCUGGACCGCCUCCAGAACCGCCGACAGCUGCCUCUCCAUCUCGACGGCCGGCGGCGGCACCAGCCUGCGCAUCCCGACGGACUGGUGCCGGCCCAUCGCCGCCUCGGCGCGCCUUUGGCGGGGGACGGUCGCCCCUGUCUGCUCCUCCUCGCCUCUCUCCCUCGUUUUCUCUCUCAAUGGAAAGUGUUGGGUCAAUAGCAGCAGCCACGAUCCCGCCAAUCGUUAACUUCCAAGAGGAGAAGGUCUGAUGUCCAGAGGGAUUGGAUUCUGGAGCAGUCCUACCACAUGUGGGGGUAUGUACCUGCAGAGCUGCAACUUCUCCAGCAUUUUGGUGAGGUUCCUGGGUGUAUCAGCUCCAACUUCCAUGGUGUUAGGUACCAUCUAUAGGUAAGUUUCAAGGUGUGUUCCUUUCUGUUGUCUGAGAUGGAUUUGAAGGAAGGUUUAGACCACAGUUUAGUCCAUUGGAUGGGGUGUAUUUGGUUACCUAUGUCAUACUCCCGUUGCUUUUUGAUUGAGAUUUCUGUGUUGAGCCCCCAAACAUUGCGGGAAGCAAUAAUGAUCAUCACUCGCUCUAUCCCAAAAAUCUUUGGCAUCUCUUGGUAUCAUUUGAGAAGGUUAUUUCCUGAAGGGAGACCAAAGAGAAUGCUAGAGCCCAGACAUAUUGUCCUCGCCAUCCUGUUUGUGAGGACAGUGCAAGAACACAGAAUAUUUUAUUUGCCCUUUCUCCCACUAAAUAGCUCUAUUUCAAGUUCUCGAGAGUUCUUGGAGAACGAGGAGUAAUUGCCACUUCGAGGAGGAGCCAAGCUCUGCUGAAGUGUAACUUGUUUGCCCUUGUUCAGUGCAGUUUACAUGAGCGCUUCAAAACAAAACAAAACAAUGAGCUCCUCUCUGGAACUCACUACGUUUCAAUCCUUCAAGCCUUUGUACUCACAGAGCAGCCGCAAAGUUGCGCGACCUGUCUUUGCAAAGAACCGUCGCGUAAGCCACAGCGAUUCUGAAUUGUUUAAGGAAUUCAUUGAAGUAAAGCACUUCACUGCUAAAUUAAGGCCAGGGAUUUAAGGUCACUAGGAACAUAAGUAACGCCCACCCCCAACUUCUUCGCUCAGUGCUCUUCCAGAUUACUUUGGAACCAUUCAAGCUGUCAUCAAUAGGCAGAGAUGUAUGCAUUUUAUGGGAAGGUAUACAAAAGCAGAAUGCCUUUUUGAAAAGACAUCACCGGAGAAUAUUGAGAUGCAAGUAAUUUCUUAAAUGAAAAAACUAUAGGCUAGACCACUCAGGUAAUUCUUCA